UCCCUCUCCUUAUCCCCUCUCUCUCUCUCUCUUAGACAGAGAAAGAAAAAAAAAAAAAAGACUCAAUUUUUGCCAGCUCCCAUCUGAAAGGAACCUUGUAUAUCCCUCUGUUAGAGAGAGAGAGAGAAAAAGGGAGACCCACUAGGGUUCACUGAAUAGCUGGGUCAUCUACAGAGCAGCAAGAGAAGGGAGGAAAAAAAAAAAGAGAAAAAGAAGGGGGGAAAACAGUCCAACAUAGGUGUGUAGUGUGUAGUAUAGUCCACCACGGCCAUAUUAUAUUAUUAUGAUCCAGAGAGAGACAUGGAUGAUGAUAAUGGCUUCCGCAGACCUAAUUUCCCUCUCCAAUUGCUCGACCGAACCAAUGACCACCGCCAUCCGCCACCUCCCCCUCCUUCUUCCACCCCCUCCUACGCCUCCCUCGCCGUCUCCGCCCCCGGCGACCCCAGCACCAGCCGCCCCAGUUCCAGCCACCAGGCCCCCGAGCUUCCCAAGAAGGCCCCUCCCAAGCGCAACUCCACCAAGGACCGCCACACCAAGGUCGAUGGCCGCGGCCGCCGCAUCCGCAUGCCUGCCCAGUGCGCCGCCCGGGUCUUCCAGCUCACCCGCGAGCUCGGCCACAAGACCGACGGCGAGACCAUCGAGUGGCUCCUCCAGCAGGCCGAGCCCGCUGUGAUCGCCGCUACCGGCACCGGCACCAUCCCCGCCAACUUCACCUCCCUCAACAUCUCCCUCCGCAGCAGCGGCUCCAGCAUGUCCGCCCCCUCCCACUUCCGCAGCGGCUACUUCAGCCCCGCCUCCACCAGCUUCGCUGCUGCGUCCCCGCACCUCAGGAGCAUGAUGCUGCACGGCGUCGGUCAGUGGGAGCGGGGCAUCGCUGCUGUCGACGAGCCUGUGACCGCCUCGCAGCACAGAAUUCUGUUCCCUGGAGUUGGCCUGUCUUCGGAUAAUUCAUUUAACGCGACCAGUGGCCCCAUGUCGGAAGCAAAGCAAGAGCUGCACGAGGCCGAUGCUGAAGCAGCGGGAGAAGAAGGAGAGGAGGCAAGUUUAGGGAGGAAGCGGAGGCCCGAGCAACCGGAAUUUAGCAAUCAGAGCAUGAUGAUGGGGAACUAUCUGUUGCAGCCGCCGGGCGCCGCGGCGGGAUCGUCAAGCUCUGCGGGGAGCCCGACCACGUUCUGGAUGGUGCCAAAUUCGAGCAGCCAGGUGAUAAGCGGGGAUCCCUUGUGGACGCUCCCUUCUGGAGCCAGCAACAGCAACGCUUCCAUGUACAGAGGCUCCAUCUCCAGUGGUCUUCAUUUCAUGAACUUCCCCAUCCCAAUGACCCUCUUGUCUAGCCAACAAUUGGGCCCGGGAAUCAGUGGCGGCGGCGGAGUGACGGUCGCCGACAGCCACUUGGGCAUGCUGGCAGCGCUGAACGCAUUCCGGCCAGGCGGCGGCGGUUCGGACUUGCAGGCCGGCGGUUCACAGCCGCAUCAUCAUGGAGGUGACCAAGAUGGGCGUGAUACAUCCAGUCAUCAUUCUCAUCACCAUCACCAUCAACAUUGACGUCAUAAUUAAAGAAACAUUUCUUACAAGUGUUCGGAGACCGGUAAAAAAAGGGGCAACUCAGUUUCUGUGACUUCGGUUGCGAAUGAGACGGUAAAUCCAUUUCGAAAGGGAAAGGACACCAUGUGCAUCUUCCCCAAGUUCACUGACCGGGUGAUCAGACUGCGCAUCAGGAGCUGUUAAUGCGCUUCUGAAGCGCUACAAGUCAUGUCUUUCCUUCCACCGCGAUCGUCUCGAGUUCCCAGUCGUGUUUCAUGCGACGUCGGGAGUUGUCGUCGUCUGCACGUGCUUAGGGGUCCUUUCGGAUUCUGCAGAUUGAUGGGUGAGUUAUCGUUCGCUCAGUUCUUUGAUGAUUUUAUGCUUCCACUCUUCCUCGAGACUUAGCUAUCAUCAGAAGACAUAGUCUGCACUGGGCAUGUGUGUGCCUGUACUAAGAGCCAGUUCAUGGGAUCCCAAGUUGCACGAGCAGACGGGUAUCUGUGAACUACACCUAGAUCGAACCAGUCCAUAUGGUGCUUGGGUUUAUCGUCAUCAGGAGCUGAAACACAUGCAAGGAAACGAGGUGUCUUUCGCGAUUACUGGAAGUGGACUUCGUGCACUCAGUCAUUGACUCAGCUUUGUUCGUGGAACUAUUUUUCAGUACCAGAUGGUACUCGAUAGAAGUAAAUACUUAUACAUUUGAAAAGCAGCCUUUCACAGUUCCCAGCUUUUC